AUGCAGCCUCAAGGGCGUUCGCACUCUCCUCCUUCUCGCCCUCGCGGGCUUCGCAUGGACCUGCUCGCUACUCGACUCGUUACAUUCGAUGAGUUUCUACACCAAGAAGAGCAGGCGGCGCUCAACGAAGCCGGAGAUUCGCUGUUACAACCGAUUCCAGUGCUGCUGGCAGCGGACGAGUCAAUGACUGACUACGAACGAGACUUCGAGCGCUGGCUGUUUGUCCGAAACGUUUCGCUAAACUCCCUCCAGAGUUGCCCUGACGUCGAACGACUCUUUCGACUCGACUAUACCAACGCCAAGUUCAUGGAGCUCCGACGCCGAAACAUCCCAAUGAAGACUCGCCCGCAGUUGUGCGACCAACUUUCCGUCAAGAAUUCGGACGAAAAGGGUAGUUCCGGUGCUUGGGAGCACGAUUUGGGGCCAAAUUUACGAAAUUCGGAGGACUACCGGGGACUUCGCGGUCGAAAUGAACUGCUGGAUGCGUGUGUGGUGCCCCCGGACGUGUUUCUAAAGACGAUGUCGCACUAUGGUCCUAACGGGCGAAUAAACUUUGAGCAGCCAUUGCGAGCCAUUGCGAUUGUGCUGCGACCCGGGGAGACUCCUGCUCGGUAUGAAGAGAACUUCAAGCGGUGGCUGUCCAAGCAGAAACUGACGCUGGCUGCACUACAGCAGGACCCGGAGGAGGAGCGGCGCUUCCGACAGUGCUUCGCGUACGCGAGAGCGUACGAGUCCAAACACCGGGCGAAGCAACUUUCUGCAAGUCAGAAGCGGCCACGGCUAGACGUUGAUACGACGCUGACGUUACAGCUCGGACCCCAAGGGGAAGCAGCUACUGGUGACAAUGAUAAUGACGCAGCUAGUUGCACUUCGUCGACUACCGAAUCAGAACCGCCCUUCACGCCUCGUUCUACUGACGACGGCGGGCCAGGCGAUUGGCAAUUUCCUGGUGCGAAGCUGGAACGUGGACUCGACACAUCCAACGCGGAUAUUUACCAUUCGGCGGCACUUGUCCUAACACGCUCAGAUGAGAUAAAUGUCGAUCCUGCCGGCCAAAAGCGGGUCAGUGAAUACGUUGAACUAUGUGGGAAGAUCGAGCGAAACGAAGGAGCGAUACAAGACUCCGAGGUUCACGUGGAAAAUACGGCUAACGUCGACAGCGUCAAGGUUGCUGAGAGCAUGCGACACAUCGCCGAGCUGAAGAAGGCUGCCAACCAAGAGAAACAGCGCCGGGAUACCAUUUUGGCUUAUAUUAUCGCUCAGGAAUGGAAAGAUAAAGGCAACGAGUUGGAGCAGCUUAUGCUCGAGUCUGCUGACAAUGAAGAAGUAGAGGAACCACACCGAAAACUGGUAGCCAUUUAUGAAAAGCUGGAGCAGGAACGCAACAAGAUCUUUACGCUGACGAUCAAGCUAAAGAACCGACUCAGGUGGUUGAAGCCGACGGCUACGGAUAGAGACCCUCAAUUUCAGGAGCUGCAAGAGAUAUCAGACAUGGCAGCGGCAGCCAUGUCACAUCGGCCGCUACUGGAUGAUGAACGCCGAAAUCUGUGUUUGAUGUUACUGCGGUCAAACGAGAAACUUCGGUUGCUGGUUGCCGAUAAGCUGGACAAGUGUGGGAUACGUGUGAAUGACGAUGGGGGCCCCGCGAUUUACCAGCAUAGAAGUUUCCAUUUCGAAUUCCGUACUGGCAUUCACAAUCCAAAUUUCGCCAUGGCAUGUCGAUCCAACUCGCGCGAGUGGUGCAAUACACUCUUGGCGACUCGCAUCAUAACUUUGGACGAGUUUAUCGCAGAGGAAGACCGAACAGCUCGUGAAGAGGACAACUCGCCGAGUUUCAAGCCCGUUCCCGUGCUACUGAAGGCCGGAGAGACACCAACGAUGUAUGAACAAACGUUCGAGGACUGGCUAAGGCGGAGAAACACAGCGCUCGGGAUGCUGCGGAGCAAGCCGGAGGCUGAGCGUCGAUUUCGAAUCGACUUUGCAGAGUCGCGAGCCUGGGAACUGCGACGCGAACGCGUUGCAUUGACGAGUGAAUCGGCAGUGAACGAGAUCAAAAGUGGCAGUGAGUUCCACAGAGCCCACUGCAGACGGUCACGCACCCGUGAGGAACUCCUCGACACGCAUGUGAUCUCGCCGACCGAGUUUAUCCAAGCGACAGAAGCCUAUGGGAUCAACGGACCAAUGAAUCGCGGACAGCUACGACCGAUCCCAGUGAUUCUGCGACCCAACGAGUCGAGAGCUCGGCGACAAGGGAAAACACCCACGGAUUGGCUUUCGCGAAGAAGAAAACGACCGACAGUCAAGCCCACACCGCCGCCAACUGUAGUUGAAGACGAGGUGCGGGUGUCGGAACGCCAUGCCCCUCAAGCGGAUCAAGAGGCUCUGGAUUCGUUGGACAAGACGAGCAAUUGCUGUUCCCCCGUGUCGCCCAUUCUGAAUGAGGCGGCGAUAAAGGACUUUUACGUCUACGUUCAACACCAGAGCAACUGCGGCGAGACAGAGGCCAGGGAGCAUCUCAACGAGAUUGAAGAGCUGGAAACAUCGAUCAACAAGGAGAAAUGCCGGCGUGAUGCUCUUCUGACUGCCAUCAUCGGUCGCGAGUGGAGUGGAAGACAAGAAGAACUGGAUCGACUCGUCCUGUUACUGAAUGGAUGGCUGCCUCGCACGAAAAACUGUCGGCAUUGUACAGCAAGCUGGAGCGAAACGAGGAGCUCGUGGUAG